GUGAAAAGUUAGUGUGAGAAACUGUCAUGUAUCGUAGCUAUCAUUCACAUAAAAGCGAGAAGGUUAUAGCUGAUGGCAUUAUGACACCCAGACACUCAAAACGUGUGGCAAGAACUGUACCAAAGACAGUUGCAUUCAUUGAUCUCACAGACAGUCCUUCAAAAAUCAAUAAUUUUCCUACGACGUUUCGGAAUAAUGCUUCAUCUGAAGAAAAUGUGACUGAUGUGAAAAAGUGCUGUCUCCACCACAGUGAGUUCCAGACUGACAAAACAAAGCAGGGUGAAGAGAAGAAUAGCUUGGCCGAUAGUGCAUGCCCAAUCUGCCUGGAGAAUUUGGAAUUCUUUUCACCAUCUCAAGGUCGUCAGGUGAUGUCAACACUUUGUGGCCAUCUGUUUUGUCAGAACUGUAUUAAAAGUGUUCUAAAGAGCUCAAAGGAAUGUCCAACUUGCUGUCGGCGCUUGAAAUUGAGUGAUAUCCAUCCUAUUUUCAUACCAUAAAGAUUUAUAUGGAGGGUUGGGGGGGGGGGGGG